UCAAACCAAGGCACCGCAGAUGCCCCAAUGACUUCUAAAUAUGGACUUGGUAAGAAGUACCAUCAGAGUCCAUGUGCUCAUUCCUUGUUUUCUCCUAAACCAGGAUUUUCCAAUCCCAAACCUUGGCUGGAUGGAGAAGGAGGCUGUGAGGAAGAGGAAGAUGCCCCAGGACACCCAGGCAGACAAGGAGCUGAGGAUGGAGACCAGGGAGGACAAAUCCCCACGGCAGAACCUCAUGGAAGGGGCUGUUUUGAGUGGCUCCACAGCACAGGAAUCCAACAGGGAAGAAAAGCCACAGAGAUCCCGCAGGAGGAGGGGCUCCAAACCCAUCCCAGGGUGCUCUGAGGAGGAAAGACCCACCCUGUGCCGGGAAGGCGGCCAGAGAUCCAGCCGGGGCUCUGAGCUGGUGGUCCAUGAGCAGCUUCAGGAUGGGGAGAAGCCCUACAAGUGCUUGGAGUGUGGGAAGAGCUUCAGCCGGAGCUCAUUCCUGAUCCGCCACCAGAUGAUCCACACUGGGGAAUGGGCCUACGAGUGUGGAGAAUGUGGGAAGGGCUUCAGCUGCAACUCCAAACUCAUCACCCACCAGCGCAUCCACAGUGGGGAGAGGCCCUACGAGUGUCCUGAGUGUGGGAAGAGGUUUCACAUUAGGUUCAGUCUCUUCAGGCACCAGCGGAUUCACACGGAUGAGAGGCCCUUCCGCUGCCCUGACUGUGGGGAGGGCUUCAAGCAAAACUCCCACGUCAUCAGGCACCGGCGCAUUCACACUGGGGAGAGACCCUAUGAGUGUGGGAAAUGUGGGAAGAGCUUCACCCACAGCUCCAGCCUGACUAUCCACCAGAGGACUCACACUGGGGAACAUCCCUAUGACUGUGAGAAAUGUGGGAUGACCUUCAUAUGGAGGAAACAACUGACCAUCCACCAGAUGAUCCACACUGGGGAGAGGCCCUAUGAGUGUCUCCAGUGUGGGAAGAGGUUUCAGACCAGCUCCAGCCUCCUCCAGCACCAGCGGAUUCACACGGAUGAGAGGCCCUUCCACUGCCCCGACUGCAGGAAGGGCUUCAAGCACAACUCCAACCUCAUCAAGCACCGGCGCAUCCACACUGGGGAGAGGCCCUAUGAGUGUCCCCAGUGUGGGAAGAGCUUCACCCAGAGCUCUCACUUGACGAGACACCAACGGAGGCACCGGUAAGGGAAGCCCUGUGAGUGCCCCAAGUGCAGGAAGAGCUUCGUGCACUGCCCCAGCUCCAUCCCCCAUCAGAGGACCCACGUUGGGCAGAGCUCUGAUGACCCACGUACCCAGUGAUCUGUGUUGAGAACACACUGGGCUGGUGGUCAUUUUGAUUUGGCCCUCAUUUUCAUUCAUCUUCAUCCCUUUAAAACAGACAAAAUUGGGGUAAAAGUCAACAGAUUUGUCAAAGGCAUCUAAAGCCUCACUUUUUACUAGUGCUUGAAGGGAAUCUGGUAUUCAGGGAGGUAAUGGGGAGGGUUUUGGGGGUAUUUGGUUUAUUUGUCUCCAUCUCUUGGCACUCAAGGAGACGAGUGAGUUCAAUCUGUCACCUCAAAACCACUCAGUGCCAUUGAAAUCUACUCAAUCCCACCCAGAAUGACUGGAUUCCAAAGUCCCUCAGGGUGUGUUGCCUUAAGUUUUAGCUUUCAUAUUUUUCAUAUUCUGCACUGCCUAGGUUUGUAGUUUUGAACUUCCUAUUAAGUGUUAGUGAGCUCCCUUCACAGAGUAGGUAGACAAAACAAUUCCUUUUCUAGCUUGAUACCAAGGACAAUUGUUACAAGUUCCAGGCCCAAAAGCAUGAACAAGGGUGGACUGUAGAGAGAAAACAAGAAGGAUGGGACUUCAUCAUCUGAAGCUGUAACUGGACAAUGAAUCCAAAUAUGCAGAUGGACCUAAACUUCUGAAAAUGUGAGACCUCAUGAUCACUUGUCCAUUUUUGUGACCAUUUCUGGUCUAUCUUGGGUGUAGCCCUGGCCAGGCUCUUGUACUGCCCAUGGUGUAUUUAAAUCCUUCUAAUAAACUUUAUUCUUAACUCUG